AUGACGUACCGCGACCAUAACCCACAUGCAUACCCACCCACCCGGCCACGGCCCCUCAUCGAGCAGAUACCAGAUUAUCGCGAAGACCUCGAUGUGUCAGACGAGGAAGACGGAUUCUACCAACGCGAAGACGACUUCUUCCUCCCACCCAAGGUCCAGGCCGCCAUCCUCCGCACAACCGACCGCAUCCCGCGCAGAAUCAAGCGCCAUUGUGCCGCAUACAUUUUCCUCUUUUUCCUGGCCAUUGCCAGCUGGUGGACAUACUUUGGCCCGCGCCGCACCGCAUUUGUCCAGGAACUGCAUCUGAUGGACCACGCGCCGACAAUGAGCUACGGCACCCAGGUGCGCCCCGAAUUCAAGGGCAUGAUCCAGGUCACGGACAUGGACGAGCAGCAUUUGCCCAAGGAGAAUAAGCGCCUCAUCUUCGUCGGCGAUGUCCACGGCUGCCGCGCAGAGCUCGAGCAUCUCCUCAACAAGGUCGCCUUUGACCAAUCGCGCGACCACAUCGUCAUGACGGGCGACAUGAUCGCAAAGGGCCCGGACUCUGCCGGUGUCAUCAAACUCGCCCGCAAAUACGGCGCCUCAUGCGUACGCGGCAACUGGGAAGACAAACUGCUCCUCUCCAUCGCCGAAGCCCAAGACCGCCACGUCCUCGUCAUGCCCGACGACGAGUCCAAACUCGACUUCGUCGGCGCACCCACCGCCUCCCAAGGCAACGCCAAGCUCCGCAAACUCGCAAAGCAAUUCUCUAAAAAGGAUAUCGACUACCUCCGCCAAUGCCCCGUUAUCCUCCGCGUCGGCACCGUACCCUCUCUCGGCGCCCUCGUCACCGUGCACGCAGGCCUCGUCCCGGACAUCCCGCUCGAGCACCAAGACCCCUUCCACGUCAUGAACAUGCGCAGCAUCGAUCUUAAAACUCGGAUUCCAACUUCCAAGCACAGUGGUACGCCGUGGGAGAAGUUCUGGAACCAUCGCCAGCAGAAGUUGAAGGCGAAAGAACGUACGACGGCGGUUUAUGGGCAUAAUAGGAAGAAGGGGCUUAAUGUGCACGAGUACUCGUUCGGUCUGGAUACCGGGUGUGUUAGUGGUGGGAAGCUUACGGCGCUUGUGGUGGAUGGGGAGGGGAAGACGGAGAUUGUGCAGGUCAAGUGUGGAGUUGAGGGGGGGUAA